AUGUCUCCCUCUACUCCGAAGUCAAAACGGCGCACUCGCGCGAAACCAUCAUUUCCUUUCCUCGUAGGCUACACGAUUACGGCUGCAGAAUUCAAGGAUGCUGUCACCCCCUUGCCUAAGUAUCAGACAUUGAUUCAGAGGCCGGGGGGCCCCAGCUAUAACGCGGCAUUAAUCUUUUCCAUGUCGUUCAAAUACUUAUACGGCAUUCCAAGCCCAAUCUUCAUUGACGACGAAUCCGAAGACGACAGUGACCUCACUGCAGUAACAACUCGGCCCCUGCUCUUUCCGACUCGCACCGUUCCCCAAAAUUGGCCUGAAACUCAGCACGCGGAGUCUCCCUGGGACCGAAACGUUCUGAAGGAUAUGGUGGACAAAUUCGAAAGCAUCGGCGGGGAGAUCAACUUGGCCCAGUUCAAGUGGAAAGUGGCACGGCCCGAGUCAGACGACUAUCCCCUCGGGUACAACUUCCAGGUCGCGCUCGAUGAUGAUCAAAUCCCUCCUGCACGUCGAGUUGAGUAUCCUGCUACCUAGUCAAUCCUGUAUCCGCACCACACUAUCACAAUGCUUUCAGUCUGCUAAUCAAGAAAUCUUCCGCGAGUCCUGAAACCAGGGCCCACGAGUCAUGUUCUCCCAGUAAGGUCGCCCAGCACCACGCGCACCACCACCCUGCGCGGCCUGCACGUCUCCAUACAAACACGUCAACUGAGCUAAACAAUGUCGUGGAACUGCUGCUCUUUCUACUAGGCACGACCGCAAGUCCUGUUUGUGUUGUCGCUGUUCCCGAGACUGGGAUUUGGCUCCCUGGCUUCCGUUCUAUCCCGCGCUCCCGGGAAGUCGCCGCCGCCACGUGCCAAGAACACACAGACGCUUGGCUCUACACAGUCGGGUCAAGACUGGCUGCUUGAGGGCAUUGGGUGUCAGCAUGGUGGCGCAUUUACUUGUUGUACUUACAUCAUGAGACAAUGGUUUGCGGAUCACUAGCUGUUGAAAAUGCGGGAGUGCUGUAGAUCAUGUCUCGCAGCCAGAAUCUCGCCCAGCGGCCAGGUGCUAGCAGGCCCACUCAGUGCUGCAUCCCAAGUGCUGUCCUCUCUCUCUCGUGGCAUUAUGCCAGUACGCAAAUGCGCACACCUCUGGAGUUCUUGAUCGACUAUGCUUUCGACAGAAUAAAGUAUUAUCUGCUGAGCAGCGUAGGGACCAAUCGAGUUGAGUCGAACUGCGGCAGAGAGAAGCGACCGGGCGUGAAGAUAGAGGUGGAGGUGCUGCGCUCGAUCUAUCCAUGUUCAGCGAUUGUGCAGAAAACAUUUCAAACAUGCUGUACCUAAUGACAGGCCUAACGCAGCGCAUAAGAGUCCCCAGCAGGUCGAAAGGUGACCAUGGGCGUCGGGAUCGCCGCGCCGUACCAUCAGUUUGAAUCGGUCGACCAGCACACUGAUAUCCCCCGAUUCUUUCUCUGGCUCUGAACGAGUGACUGACAUUCCGCUUGGCCUCGAGAACCCCUUCGAGUAUAAGGACAAGAGUGCAACUCCCUGCGACUUUGAUGCUCUUCUCGCGACAUCGUUUAGCAUCAUCGAUUCGUACAGGGCUUCGAGUUGGUUCAUCAGCCCCAAGGUAGCGUCGACACUCUGUCCACUGUUGCACAGAUCGGAGACAACAGAAUGUGCGUCUGAAACGAAGGGAAGCGCGCUGGGUGCGUAGGUAGAUAGGCUGUCCCGGAUGAACACCGCGAUUGUAUCCAUCUUCUGGCCGGCCAGAUUACGGCUCGUCGAUAACGGUGUCCCGAAACCAUGUGUGAGGAAGGAUUCAAGGCCGGAUGAGGCUACAAAGGAUCCCGUCGGAAGGUUGCUGUCCGAGAGUAGAAGAAGCAAAUAUGUCUCGUCGAACGCGACCAUGAGAGUCGGAGCUGAAUGACG